AUGAUGGAAAUGGUACUAUCUACAAAACAUAAUCCAUUGGUAAUAAGUUACUCGGUAUUAUAUUAUGCUCUCUUAUUGACAUGUAUGGUGCAUACAAAUUCACAAACAGUAUUCAUUCCUGAAUUAUCAGAAUUCAUAGAGCACACAAAGAAAAACGAAUCUACUGUAAAAGGACUGCUAGUCGACUUAUUAACUGCUGACAAUCUAUCACAAGUUCAAUAUUCAAUUCAGAGUAUACCAGUUAGACUGAAUGUUUCACUUACGAAUGUAGAAUAUUGUCUCAGUAUGCUUUUAACCAACAAUCAAAGCUUAUGUCUUUUUCAAUUCUCUUCUGAUAUUCUAAUGAACAUGGAAAAUAGUUCAUUAACCCUUGUAAAUAAUAAACAUACAUUGCCUUACAUAACUAGAUCAUUUACUCAACUCAAACCAGUAUUAAUUAUGAAAUGUUUCAAAAAUAAUUGUUCAAGUCAAUUAGAUUCAUCAUUUUUAAACGGAAUGUAUUUUUUAUAUACAUUCCAUUCAUCUGUUUGGUCAUUAAUUCUACUAUAUACAUUGACAACCGGUUCAUUGUUAUUUGUGUUCGAGUAUACAAGACCCUCAUGUGAGAAAUAUACAAAAAUUUCACCUUCAAAUGAACCAAGUUUAAAUUUAUGGGAUUCAUACGUGUACGUUAUUAUGGGAUUAUUCUUACAAUCCUCAUACAAAUUGCCUAAAUCAUGGGGCGGAAUAACAAUAACUUUAUUCUGGCAUGCAUUUUGUUUAAUAUGCAUUAUUGCCUAUGCAAUGGGUACAUCAGUGUUGAUUUUCAAACAGUAUACCGAUAAUGACUUGAAAUAUCAACCUUAUUUAAACAGUCAGAACCAAACAAUCUAUUGUGAUUUAAAUCCAAAUGUAUGUAAUUAUUUUGAAAAGAAGUUCUCUUUUCCAAUGAAAUUGGUAAACGGGAAACUUUCAUCAGAUGAGAUUAAUACAUCAGUGAUAAUAUUAACAGAUCAUAUUCAUGGUCAUUAUCUACAGUCAUUAAAACAUCGAAAUACUGAUUGGAAUUAUAUUAAGUUAGAUUGUAAUGAAGAUGAAAAAGAUAAUGGUGAGAUUGUUAAUGACAGUGGAAAUUUCCAAGAUAUGCCUCUAAUGGAAAUGGGAUUUUUAACAUUCAGUGAAAAAUCACUCUGGAAAAUGAAUGUAUACUUGAAAUACUUACAGGAUUCUGGAAGACUCUAUAGCAUACAAUAUAAAAAUGAACAGGCAUUUGACUUUACAACUAAACUUCAAGUACAUAACAAUUUAUGCGUAACAAAAGAAGACAGAAAUUCAAAAAUUCCAAUACGUUUAAAACAAAUGAACGGACCAUUGUUAUUUAUGAUUAUCGGAGGCUUAUGUGCUGUUCUUAUGCAUAUAAUUCAAAAUAACUAAACGCGGAGGCCUUUGAAGCGUACGGUAUUGGGCUCGAGUCCCGGGGUGACCCAUCCAGCUGAUGAGUCCCAAAUAGGACAAAAGAAGUGUCAAACUGGAUUCCUUUGCUAGCCACUAUCCAUCUUUGCUUAAAAACCUUGUGACCUAAAUCUAUAUCGAGACAAUCCGCACAGAGACUGAUGAAUUGCGGUUCUAAAUAACAAUGGAAAGAUACAAGUAAAAAAACAACACCAAGUGAAUUUAAAAAAUGUCUUAAAAAUUAUCAGUAUAGGUUUAUGGAGAUUACCAAGUUAUUGAUUGAUGUUAGACUACCAUUGAAAACCUGCAAGUGUUGGACGUCCGUUUCGUCCCAUUGUGGGACUCUUCAGCAAUGCGCACCCACGGCCCUGCCCGUGGCAUUCGAAUCCAGCUUAUUGAACAGGAACAUCAGCGGGGACAAUCGAAUGAGAUUAACACAACAUUACAGGACCUGUUAGUAAAAUCUAACAAUCAUAAAGUAAAGGCUUAAUUUGCAACAUGUACAUCAAUUGUCUCAUAAUAACUCAGACUUCAUUGUUCUUGCAUUUUCAUACAAAUUGCAUCCUGUUCCCAUUCUUUACUGUUCGAUCCUCUUGUCUCUACUGUCAGACCUUCUGUUCAAGAAUAACAUUAUAUACUACUUAUGUCAAUAUAAGUAGCACACAUCAUACCAGGACCUUGUGUCUUGCGCGCGAACGCUUAACCUACUUAAAUUAAUUGAAAACUGUUUCAUAUUAAUUAUAUUUUAUUCUGAAUAAUAA